AUGAGCGCCAUUUCUGACAACAGGUCUGUAUUUGUGACCGAUUUGGCCGAAGAGGUGACCGAAACGGCGCUAUUGAAUGCGUUCAACACAUGCGGACCAAUACGAUCGGUGCGGAUCUGUCGCCACUCCGACGACCGCCGAAGUCUGGGCUACGGAUACGUGAACUUCUUGACCGCUUCGGACGCCCGACAAGCCGUCCAUAAACUGAAUUUCGCCCAAAUCUGCGGACAAACAGUGAAAGUAAUGGCCGCCCAAUCGGAUCGCACGCAACGGGUCUCAAACAAUGCCAACGUCUUCAUCAAGAAUUUGGACAAAUCUAUUGAUACCAAACGAUUGUAUGAGUUAUUCAUACCUUUCGGACCCAUUAUGUCCUUUAAAUUGGCUCAAGAAGUGAAUGGUUUGAGUAAAGGCUUUGGUUUCGUUCAGUACGAGUCGGAAGAGAGUGCCGUCAAAGCCAUCGCCGCUAUGAAUGGCAAACAAUUGGAGUCAAAGUCGAUCUUCUGCUCGAAAUUUCUGUCCAGAAGUGAAAGAAGCAAACAUUUGGUGAUUGAAAGCGACAAUAAAACCACUCAUUUAUAUGUCAAGAAUUUAAGCGAUGACUUCGAUGACAAUCGUUUGGCGAAGUAUUUCCAGACACUCAUUGGUUCCGUCACUUCAGCCAAAGUAUACCGAAAGAGCGGAAAAACGUUUGGAUUUGUGUCAGUGGAGGACUCGGAUGUCGCUAAUACUGCCAUCAAAGCACUCGAUGGCCAACAUCUGGCCAAUGGAAACACUCUUAGAUUAACUCGUGUCCGAAAAGUGGCCGAAAGCCUACCGACGGACAGACCGACGGCGCGAAACCGUUUGGACGGAUAUAAUGUUUACGUAAGAUAUUUGGAUAAUUGUUUCACCGAAAAGCGGUUGAGAGAAAUGUUUGCAAAGUUUGGAGCCAUCGCUUCGGCCAAAGUAUUCGCCGAAUCGAGCGAAUGGUCUCUUCGCACGAAUCAACAGAACAGAAAUUAUGGUCUAUUGUAUGGAUUCGUGUUAUUCACGACUCCAGAAGCGGCCCAAAAGGCCGUCAGACUUAUGAACAACGCUUUGGUCGCUAAGCGUCCGGUGUUUGUCUCAGCAAAGAGUACGGCCGUCAGCACUGGUUAUCCAUUGGGCCGACACAUGAUAACCGGUCCACGAAAUGGGAGGCAAACAUUUGCAAAGAGAUUGUAUUAA